ACUCGUGAUUUUCGUCGCUCGGAGUUGACCUCGACGGUAACGGCUGUCAACCCAGAGACUUCUGCUUCGAGAGAGAUGUCUCUUAGAAUGGCGCCCGGGUGGACGUAAUUCGUCCUGCGAGAGAAAAGAAUAAAGCAUGUGGAGAGCGAAAGGAAUUGUGUGGAGAGUGCUGCAUCGGUACCACAGCAGCACCCCACUACGUCUACCCCAGAACCACCAUGUGGAAGAUGAGGUCAUCAACACCUCCACUGUGCUCUCCACCUCUCGAAACUCCCCAGACAGCAGCUCCCAGAAAGAAGAGGAUGGUGAGCGUCGGAGGAAGAAACACGGGGCCUUCAGGUUCAGCUCACCUGAGCUGCGGCGUUACACGGCUCUCGAUGCCAUGGGAUGGGGUGCGGCGGCAGUUCUCUUCAUGCAGAUCUGCCGGCGGGUCCACUCCAGAUUCUCAUCAGGCACCGACCCCAGUCCAAACUUGACCGCAGCGUCAAAUAUCCACAACUGUGGCUAUCGCCUCCUGCUGGAGAUCAUAUCAAGGAAUGAUGUGGUUCCGAGAGGAAGCGGUGUGUUGUGCCUGCACGGUCGGUCCUCGGGUGAGAGCAGCAGCACGAGUGGUGGAGACGACGGAAGACAUCAACACAGCAGUGAGCAGAAGCACCUGACGACUCCCACCUCCAUGUUAAACCACCAGGGGCCACCAGGCCAGGAUUCACCUUUGGAAGAGGGAUCUUUGGACUUGAACCUCUCGGAUUCAUGCCCGUCAGAGAACGUUUGCAGGCAAGACAGCGCAGAGACAGAAUAUGCUCAUGACGAGGGUAUGUUUUUAGGUGAGAAGAGGCUGGCAGAAGCUGCACAGAACCUCAAAAAAGUGGCAGAUACCAGCGUCCCAGUCGUACUGAACAUUAUUGGUCUCCAACGAGUUAAAAGUAAGAACUACGAGGAGGCAUUCGUCUGUUUUGUGGCGGCCGCCGAGCAAGGCUACAGCAAGGCUCAGUUUAACGCUGGCGUCUGUUACGAGAUGGGCAAAGGAGUCAGCAAGGACAAGGACAAGGCGUACCAUUACUACCGGCGCGCAGCAGUCGGCGGCCACGCACAUGCUCAAUAUCGCUGUGCAAAGUUGCUCCUAGCCGGCGGGCACCAAAGUGUAGAAAAGCUGAACAAAGCCAUGAACCUCCUUCAGAAGGCUGCUGCAGCUGGCCUGACUAAGGCUCAAACGUGCCUGGCUUCUGUGUAUGCUCAGGAGCCUGUGAGAAACGGGAGCAAGUCUGUCCACUACCUGCAGAUGGCAGCAAAGAGCAGAGACGACACCGCUCUGCUCCUGUUGGGUCAGUGCUACGAGAGUGGCUUUGGGGUCCAGCAGAACCUGAGAACAGCAAUGGAAUUGUACAGACGCGCUGCUCAAGCAGGCAACAAUGAGGCACGGCUUCUACUGACACCUCCCGCCGAGACAGACGUGUUGCGCUCCAUCCGAUCCUCCCCAUGUUUCGUCGUGUCUGAAUUCCACCUCAAGCAGCCACGCUCAUCUCCGGCCGAUGCAGACGCCGGUCCUUCUGUGACCCUUCCCUUCCUGCCUCACUCCUGGAGCACAGGGAGCAUGGAUGUCCGCCCAUCGCUAUCCUCCACUCUUCAUCACCUUCAUCCCCAAAGCACAGAGGGGAAAUCAUGCCGGUGGAUGGUAGGGAUUGGAUAGCUGCCAUCUAUGGUGGUUUGUUUUUGUUUUGUCCUGCACAGGUGAGUUCUCCUGUUACUUAGAAUUAGCCCACCGGAUGUUCUAUGUGUGUUUUACUUGGAGGCACUGCUCUGUAGCACAACACGGCACGAUUUAUGGCUUUGAUAUUUGGUUUCUAUACCCGUGUUGGUGAGUUAUUUUCAUAUAUUCAGCUAUUAAGGUAUCCGUACGCGAUCUCAUAGUACAUAUAGUACAUACACAACCAAUGCAUGUGUGUGUGUGGCAGGGAUUCAAUCUGGCCCAUAAUAAUCCACAUAGCGAUCAAAGUAAGUAGCCUUUAUAUUUGUAUUACGUAAAUACUAAUAAUGUUUUAUUCAGUGUUAAAGAUAAUGUGAGGAGGACAUAAUCCGCGUUACAGACAACUUGAUAUGGUGUCCGACCUGUCGUAUGGCAUACCUCCAACCUUUUAUUUCUACUUGUGCCGAUGUUAACAUAAAGUAUACACUGCAAGACUUUUGCUACUGUGUGCAUAUGCACAAUAAAAUUCUACAAAACAG